AUGGCCAAUCCUCCACACGGCGGCGUCCUCAAGGACCUGAUUGCCCGCGAUGCGCCUCGACGAGAUGAACUCUCCGCCGAAGCUGAGAAGCUCCCAGCCAUUGUGCUUGGAGACCGCCAGCUCUGUGAUUUGGAGCUGAUCCUCAACGGAGGCUUUUCCCCGCUYGAGGGCUUCAUGAAUGAGAAGGACUACAACGGGGUGGUGAAGGAGAACCGUCUUGCGGAUGGCAACCUCUUCUCAAUGCCCAUUUGCUUGGACUUGAGCAAGGAAACCAUUCAACAGCUCGGCGUCAAGCCUGGUGCUCGCAUCACGCUCCGCGACUCUCGAGACGACCGCAACCUCGGAAUCCUCAACGUGGAGGAUGUGUACCAGCCCGAUAAGCACAAGGAGGCCAAGGAGGUCUUUGGCGGUGACCCAGACCACCCUGCUGUCAAGUUCCUCUUCAACCAGACCAACGACUUUUACGUCGGCGGCAAGAUUGAUGCAAUUGACCGCCUUAUGCACUACGACUAUGUCGGACUUCGCUACWCCCCAGCGGAGCUGCGCCUGCACUUUGACAAGCUUGGCUGGUCCAAGGUUGUGGCUUUCCAAACGCGAAACCCCAUGCACCGCGCUCACCGAGAGCUGACUGUCCGUGCCGCUCGUGCUCGCCAAGCGAACGUCCUUAUUCACCCCGUUGUUGGCAUGACCAAGCCAGGUGAUAUCGACCACUUUACGCGUGUCCGCGUCUACCAGGCACUCCUCCCACGCUACCCCAACGGCAUGGCUGUCCUCGGACUUCUCCCACUUGCCAUGCGCAUGGGUGGUCCUCGUGAGGCUAUCUGGCACGCCAUCAUUCGCAAGAACCACGGUGCCACCCACUUUAUUGUUGGUCGUGACCACGCUGGUCCAGGCAAGAACAGCAAGGGCGAGGAAAUCUACGGACCGUACGACGCACAGUAUGCUGUGGAGAAAUACCGUGAUGAGCUUGGAAUCGAGGUGGUGCCAUUCCAGCAGAUGACAUAUCUGCCCGACACCGACGAGUACAUGCCCAAGGAUGAGGUGCCAAAGGAGGUCAAGACUCUUGACAUCUCCGGAACUGAGCUCCGUCGUCGUUUGAGGACCGGUGGUGAUAUCCCUGAGUGGUUCUCCUACCCUGAGGUUGUCCGCGUCCUUCGCGAGUCACACCCUCCUCGCAACAAGCAGGGAUUCACCGUAUUCCUUACCGGCUACGUCAACUCUGGCAAGGAUGCUAUUGCGCGUGCGUUGAAUGUCACCCUCAACCAGCAGGGCGGUCGCUCUGUCACUCUCCUUCUUGGUGAGAAUAUCCGCAGCGACCUGUCUUCCGAGCUCGGGUUUUCCGAGGAGGAUCGCAACAAGAACAUUCAGCGCAUUGGCUUCGUUUCCUCUGAGCUCACUCGCUCUGGAGCUGCCGUCAUCGCCGCACCGAUCGCCCCAUUCACUGCAUCUCGCAAGGCUGCUCGCGAACUUGUUGAAAAGUCGGGAUCCUUCUACCUUGUUCACGUCGCGACACCACUCGAGCACUGCGAGAAGACUGACCGUCGCGGAAUCUACGCCAAGGCACGCCGCGGCGAGAUCAAGGGCUUCACCGGUGUCGAUGACCCCUAUGAGGCGCCCGAUGCCAAAGAGGCCGAUCUUGUGGUUGACAUCAGCAAGGACAACGUCCGAACGGCAGUGCACCAGAUUGUGCUUCUGCUUGAAGCCGAGGGACUGUUGGAUCAAUUGUAA